AUGAGCAUAUACUUAGAAAAUAGCGAAGGAAAAUUUAUCACAGCUACAAAACGUCCGGACGGCACAUGGCGGAAGGCACGUCGCGUCAAGGAUGGCUAUGUACCCCAGGAAGAGGUGCCACUGUACGAGAGUAAAGGCAAACAAUUUGUGGCCAAGAGGCAGACAGGUGUACCACCGGGAAUGUGCCCAAUUGUAGCAGCCGAAGCGAAAAAGGAAAUACAGAAAAAGGUCAAAGCCAAAAAGAUUGAUACAGCGAAGGGAACCAAGACUGUAUCCUCAAGUGUUCCACAAGUACAAACCAACACAAGCAGCACCACUAACACCACCACCAGGACUCUUCUGACGGAUGCCACUAAACUAUUGAAGAAACUUCGUAAGAAAAUCCGCUAAAUUGAGCAAAUCGAAAGCCGUAUACAGGCAGGAGAACAGAAAAAGUUCUAG